GAUAAGACCCAGGUGGGUGGGAGCAGUGUUGGCUGGGAUGAAACAACAUAACACUAUACUGAAUCAGGCUACGAUAGCAAAUCACAAACUAUUCUAAACAUCUUAUUAAUUUUAAUAUUACAAUACGAUAUCCCAGAACAAGCUGACAUUGACUAUCAAAGAGGACACAAUUUGCGUGUAAAACUCGUCUUUCUCUUUCCUAUUGUGUUGAAAUUGUUUACAUAAGUGCGUGACCGAUAACCACAGCGAGCUACAGUUACAGUGCGCGCAUCCGUAGCACUGCCAGGGCAUCGACGUUACAUACACAACAAACGUGCAUUGAAACAUGACUGGUCAAAACAACAUCCACUUCCAGCUCAAAGUGUUGCUUAUCAUUUUGUCCAUUGGAUUAUUUAUAUAUUUUGCACGUCAGUAUUAUUUUUAUUGUCAUGAAGGAUCAACGAAGGUCAACAUUUUUACAACAGUAAAAAAGAAGCCUCUGGAAAAUGACACAAUCCUACUGAUAUGGCUGUGGCCAUUUGGAAGAAAGUUUGACUUGAAUUCCUGCAGUGCCAAAUUUAACAUAGACGGCUGUCAUUUAACUGACGACAAAGAACUCUACAGCAAGGCCCAUGGAGUGCUGAUAAAUCACAGAGACAUUAAGAACGACCUCUCAAAUUUACCCCCAGAACCAAGGCCCUUCUUUCAGAAAUGGAUAUGGAUGCACUUUGAGUCCCCACUAAACACAAGGAGACUAAAUGGUCUGAACAACCUGUUUAAUGUGACGCUAAAUUACCGGCGAGAUGCUGAUAUUGCCAUUCAUGAGCAAAUGAUGCUUAAAACCGAAGAUAAAGAGGAUAAGAUAUUCCCUGGAGUUCUGGAGAAAAAGGACAAGUUAGUUUGUUGGAUCGUGAGCAAUUGGAAUGAUGCAUUUAAACGGGUAAAAUACUAUAAUGAACUGAAAAAACACAUUAACAUUCAUGCGGUUGGGCGGCAUUUUGGAAAAUCUCUAAAUGAUGACGAAUACAAAGAACUAUUGACAAGUUGUAAGUUUUAUUUAUCAUUUGAGAACACAGACAUGCAUUAUGACUAUAUGACAGAAAAGCUGUACAAUCCACUCAAUCUGGGAUCAGUCCCAGUGGCUCUUGGCCCUCCAAGAUACAUAUAUGAAAGAUUUGUGCCAAAAGAUGCUUUUAUCCAUGUGGACGAUUUCUCCAGCCCGCAAGAACUGGCUAAAUAUCUGCUGACACUGGACAAGAAUGUUGAAGAGUACAAAAAGUAUUUUAAUUGGAGAAAAAACUUUGAAGUGAAACUUGUCGAUUAUCCAGAACAACAUGCGUGCCGUGCCUGUGAGUACAUACGUAUGAAGAAGGACUAUCAAGUUUUUGUAAAUCUUAACAACUGGUAUUGGGAUCCCAUAAACAUGGACAACUAAAUGCCUUUGCUAACACUGCUAAUAAAAAUGGACCUUUUGACAGAUUGUUAAGAGGUUUAUAUUUUGAAUAUUGAAUAUUGAAAGCGAUUUAAAGUCUGAUGCACUAAAACCAAUCACUGGUAAUUUCUUUUGGAUAAAAUAGCACAAUAGCGUAUUCGGCCAAACAACAAAAGUUCGCAGAGGCGAACAAAUGUGAUGAUUUAUUAUAGAUAAACAGCUUUUUGUAAGAAUAAAUAAUAUUUUGUAAAAGUUUCCCAUAUAAACUCCAGCAGUGUAGAUUUAACACUAGCUACGUUUACAUGGACACAUUUUGCCUCCAUCGGAUUAAAAUCUUUCCGAUUAAUAAAUCCUAUCAUAGCGUUUACAUGAACACUUAAUAAUGUGAUCGGAUUGAUCAGAGACAUUACGUUUACACGAUUUACAUCAGAUUUGAUCAUUUGACAUGCGCACAUUGCACAAAUAUAGUUUCACGCUGUUUCAAGAUUUGCUUUGUGCCUCACUGAUUAUAAAGCAGCAGCAAAAACACCCAUUCACGUGUGCCCAAAAAGCGUAUUUUACCUCACGCUGUGCUGCAGGGACCGUUCGCGAGAGCGAGUCCAAACACACGCGUUUGUGGAUCAGAGAAUAAAUCAUGGACUGACCGGACAAUGCUGUCUUGUAUCACUUUAUGGGAAUUGCAAGGAUAAUAGGAACAAGAUUAACAAGACAAUCACUUCUUGUGACUUCCUUCAACAAAACAAACUCAAGUUAUUUGCGUCACAUGUCAUUAUGGCAAUUGUACGUCAUUGCACGUGUGCAUAUGCUCCACACUCCCGUCCUGUAGGUGGCGGAAAUGCACCUUUCAGUGGGUUUGCCAAGCGCCAUUAAAAAAAAGAAAAGAUGGCACAUGCGCAGAGCAUCCCAGUUUCAGUUAUCCAUCCGAUCAAGUGUAUACAUGUCAUUUUGAGCGGAUUACAAACGGUAUAAACCACCCCUUACAAGCGGAUUAGAUUUUUAAUCAGAUUGGCACUUUUUAGUCCGAUUGAGGUGUUUACGUGGAGCAUUUUUAUUCAGAUUGAUCAUUUAAACGGAUUACAAAUGUCCAUGUAAACGCAGCUACUGGUGAUUUUGCUCUGAAGGGAAGUUUCCUGGACAGGGUUUAGAUUAAUCCAGGACUAGGUUUUUACAAACAAACCUUAAAAAAACAAUACUGGUGUUGAUCUUGAGACAAACCAAUGCACUUAAUUGUGUUAAGAUGCGUCAGUACAAGGUGUUUUUAGAUUAAGGCAGCUCAAACAUUUUAAUCUGGGACUAGGAUGAGCCCUGUCCAGGAAACCGCCCCUUUUUGUUUAUUAUGUUUAUCUUUUUCGAUUGCACUGCACACUAUUGUUACUUUUUUUGUUAUGGUGUGUUAAUCUAGAUAGUGUGAGUACUUUAUGUACGGGGUUAUAAUUCGCACUGAAUGUAUUAUUUUAUUUAUUUUACAUAGGAGGACAAAGCCCAGCAUUUUCAGGUCAUAUUGAAAUAUGUUAUAUUUGUUAUAAAGUUGUAUAACAUUAUCUUGAGUCUUGACACUGUUAAUUAUUUCCACAGUUUUGUACUGCAUACUUUUCCCCACUUAUAAAAAUUCAACAUAAAUAAAUAUAAAUAACUCAUA